AUGUUUCUGUUUGAAUUUAACCAACCAGAAUCGAGUGUGGGCGGGUUUUUCUAAGCAGAGGGAUUUUCAAAAAUUCCGUGGCAAUAGUCUGCGUCUUCUCUAAAAGAACAACAUUUCACUUUUAAAACAUAUUUUAUAUUCGAAUUUUACGUGUGAGGUGAAAUUUAUUAAGUUUUAACUCUGCGCUCGCUCGCGUUCUUGACGUUCAGUAACUUCAGAGAGCUAGCAAAGCUGAAGUGUCGUUUCCACUGAUGAAAACAUUAGCACGCGAACGCGUCUCGGGUGUUCAAGCAGCUAGUGUUUGUACACAUCAUGUUACGACGAGUUCAGUAGUUAGCCUUAAUGAUUUAGCUUUGUUCGCAAGAGAAAUGUAGCCACAUAGUGUUAGUUUACUGUUCAUUAGAGAGAAACGCGAAGUUUUUGUAAAGUAACGUUAAGUGAAAUUACUCGAAGACUUGGCGUCUGUUUUUCUACCGCAGGCUGUUGUGCAAACACAGUUAUUCCCAGCUAACGCUAAUAAUCUAACAAUGAAGCCGAAGACGAAGAACCGCGCAGUUGAACAAGAUGACUCCGUCAAAGAAAUCUGUGAGCUUUGCAAGCGUUGUGAUGAUUGCCCUGACAAAUAUGGAGAGAAGAUCACACUUGAGGAACCCAAACUCACUGUGCACUAUUUUUGUUUGCUGAUGUCCAGUGGAAUAUUCCAGAGAGGAAAGGAGCAUGAAGGCAUUCAUGGGUUUCUGGUGGAUGACAUCAAAAAGGAGGCCCGUAGAUCUGCAAGGCUGCGGUGUAUGGGCUGUAAAAAGAUGGGCGCUUCAGUUGGAUGCUCCAUCAAAAGCUGUAGACAGAUGGUCCACCUUCCUUGUGGAAUAGAACAGGAGUUUAUUUUCCAGUUCACUGACUUGUUUCCAUCUUUUUGUAGAAAGCAUCGCCCCACUCAGACCUGCUCUUCCAGCCCCACUCUGCCUCUGUCCUGUUCCAUCUGCUUGGAGCCCAUCGAGCCUGUUCUCUCUUACUCUGUGCUUAAGUGCCCAGCAUGUCAUGGAAGCUGGUUUCAUAGGGACUGUGUUCAGAAUCAGGCACACAGUGCUGCCCUGUAUUUCUUCAGAUGUACACUAUGCAACAACUCAGACCAGUUCCAGCAAGAAAUGCUCAGAAUGGGAAUACACAUACCAGAAAGAGAUGCAUCAUGGGAGUUGGAGGAGAAUGCUUAUGGGGAACUGUUACAGGUGUACCAGCACUGUGAUGCUGUUAAAUGUUCCUGUGAAAAAGGUCGUAGUUACAGUGCGCAGUCAGGGGUGUUUGAGAUUGUUCGUUGUAAGUUUUGCGGCUCCAGUGGAACCCAUCGAAAAUGUUCUUCUCUCAAGCUUUAUGAGACCAACUGGAGUUGUGAUGAUUGCAAAGCUGCUGUUGAGGGAACAGUGUCCACAUUGCCAAACCAUGUUAAAUCACCGCUAGCAGAGAGGCAAGAGAAGAAAAGGCUGAUUAAAAGAUGUCUCUCCAGCAUUCGCUCAUCAUUCAUCCCUAAAAGGUUCUGUAUGGACGCAAGUCCCUCAGAGAUCUUAAAGGAUCUGGCCACUCAAAUAUCAACGCAGCAGAUCACAGCAUUGCUGGUGAAAAAUGAUGAGGUGGUUGAAGCUGCCCUUCAGGCUGUGCGGCAGAGUGACUUCAACCCCUGCCACACACUGUCUGUGAGCUUCAACAGAGACAAACAGGGACAAAAGUUGGGCCCACAGCGCCGCUUCCUCAGACUCCUUCUGCAGAAAUUACAGAACUCGAGUGUCUUUGAAGGACCUGACCAUGUUAAAAACCUGGCUCUCAGCUCGCAAGCUCUGAGAGACGAUCUGUAUUUCGAGGUUGGCAGUCUGCUGGCUCUCUCUCUGGUCCAUGGAGGUCCUCCUGUGGCCUUCUUCUCUCAUGCGCUCUACUACAGCCUAUUUCAUUACCCCACUGACUACAAGUUCACUGCUGAAGACCUGGGAGAUGUCACACUAACACACGCAGUCAGAAAGAUAGCACAAUCAAGCUCUUUGAAGGAGCUGAGGAGAGUGGUGAGGUCCAUGAUGGACUAUUUGCAAGUAGCAGGCUGCUGGCGAGAGAUCACUAAACUUUCUGACAAAAACCUGCUGCUGGAGGACAUUCUAAACUUUUACUUUGUCGUAAGAAUGCAGUUGCCUCUUCAAAGAUUUCGCGAGGGCCUUAGAACGUUAAGUGUGUUUGAUCGAGUCCAGGCAUGUCCAGAGGCCUUCUGUCCAAUUUUUUGUGGCCCAGGAGAAAGGAUGACUGCUGACGCCAUGUUUUCACUUUUCACUGCUUGUUUUUCUGAGGAAGAAGAACAGAAAGCAAAAGAAUAUGUGACACUGGGUUUCUGGAAGCAAUACAUACAUGAGUGUGAAGAUGGACGAUGUGCUGCAUCACUAGAGGAUAUUCUCAUUUUUGCCACUGGUAUCGAUGUGGUCCCUGCCAUGAACUUUGACCCUCCUCCCUCAUUAUCGUUCUUUGUGCCACUGGAACCCUCCUUUGCGUUUCCUCAAAGUCAAACUGAAACAAACCACCUCAUUCUGCCUCUGCUCUCCUCUUAUGAGCUCUUCAAGAAGCAUUUGGAAUAUGCUGUGUGUCAGAUCUCUGUGAUGCAGGGCAUGUGAACUCCCCUCUGAACAUUUAUGGCUCAGAGUUCAAAUGUACAGCUUUCCCCAAUCCUCUGUAAUGGUGCUUAUCAUGUAAAUAUGUGUCAAAGUAAAUUGUUAACCAGGACAUGCACUAUGUGGCCAAAAGUUUGUGGACACCUGACCACUCAUAUGUGCUUUUUCAAAAUCUCAUUCCAGAUGUGAUCUUUUGCUUUUAUAAUAACCUCCACUCUUCUGGGAAGAUUUUCCACUAGAUAUUGAAAUGUGGCUUUGGGGAUUUGUGCUCAUCCAGCCAACAGAGCAGUAGUGAGGUCAGCCACUGAUGUCGAGUGAGGAGGCCUGGAGUGUUUGAAUUCAUCGCAGAUGAAUUCAGUGUGUUCAGUGGGGUUGAGGUCAGGGCUCUGUGCAGGCCACUGGAGUUCUUCCACUCCAACCUUGGCAAACCAUGUCUUCAUGGACCUCGCUUGGUGCACAGGGGAAAUGCCAUGCUGGAACAUGUUUGGGACCCUUAAAUCCAGCAAAGGGAAAUUGUAAUCCUACAGCAUAAAGACCAGCUAUACAAUUGUGUGCUUCGAACUUUGUGGCAAAAGUGUGGGGAAGGCUCACAUAUGGGUGUGAUGGGAAGGUGUCCAAAAACUUAUAGUGUAUAGUCAUAUAGUGUACAUUUUUUGUUAUAAAUAGUACAGUUGCUCCUUCUGUAUAUGCAUCCCAUUAUAAAGUGCUGGUGAUGUUAUGUACUCCCCUUGUCAAAUAACACACAUAUCCCCAGUGUCAUUAUUUACACAAUCAGGAUUAUUGCUUAUUCAUAAUUGAUGUUUAGAGGUGAGCUUGUAAUAACAAUCUCAGACAUUUUGUUUUCCUGAACAAAGGAGUGAAGAACUUUAACCAAAAGGAAGAAAGUUGUUUUCAUCAUCCGUUUAGUUUUUAUCUGUACUUUCAUUAUACUGAUUGGUAGCGAAUUUUUCUUCAGCCAUUUUUCUUUAAGCAGUACCCGAGUUUGUGUCAGCAUUUAAUAAUGGGUAAGGAAUUUGGGGGUAUAGUACAGGCAUUAAAGCUUUUGAGACUGACACAGUGAUCAGUUAAAGCAGAACUGUGAAGGCUUACUGGAUUUAAAAAGUAAUCUGGUUUAACAUUAUCCUUAAUAGAAAUGUAUUUACUCCUUUCCAAACAGCACAUUUUUGCUACACACUGGACUGAAUUCAUGUAGAGGUUCCAAGGUGACAUGCUUGAUCACAUUUCCAUAGUUGAGUAUGUGCUGUGAAUGAGUAAACAGUAGCAGGUAUGGGACGGUGUGCUUCUACUUGGUGUGAAAAGAAUGAGCUUAAUGCUUAAAGACAAGUUAUUACUCAGUUCUUUGUUUUCUAUAAAUAGAUGGCCAACUAUUUACCAGUCAAGUGCAAGAAUUAAAUGUGUUCUCUGACAUGACAAUGCAUAGUUCAUUGCAAGAUGCGUUAAAUGUGUUGGCUUAUUUUAUUUUUGUCCUUUUUUCUAAGUUCUAAAGGCUCUCCAGUAUUGCACAGAAAUGGCAUGUGUUGAGGAAGCCUUCAAUUUCUUUGAUUUGUGUCCUUUUCUAAAGAUUUUAAUUUGUCUUUCCUGUUACAUACUCCAUGAUAUAAUACUUGAGAGGUUCUCAGCUCAACUCUAUGCGGUCUAUGGCUAAUCAACAUUGUUUCACCUGUAGCAAACCAAGACGAAUAAAAAAAACUACUUUUAAUAGCCGCUUUAAUCUGGUCAAGGUCGCAGUGGAUCUGGAGCAUAUCCUGGGAACACUGAUUGUGAGACGGGGAAUACCCCUGGAUGGGACCGCUGUCUAAUGCAGGACAUAAUGCAGAGACACUUUCAUUCACUCAUUCACAUCUUCACAUGUUAUUGGGAGGUAGGACGAAAACUAAGAACCUGGAGGAAACCCACAUAGGAAAGGGAAUCACAGGAAGAAAAGCUCCACACAGUAAUCCAAACUCAAGAUCAGUCCAGGAACCUGGAGCUGCCACACACUGCAAAAAAAGAAAAGAAAUAGCGUACUGUUUAUACAUCAGUUUUAGGGGAGCUAACUGAUUUACGGGUAGAUAAAACAUUCACAAAUGCACUGGAAAUCCUUAUAGAAGUUGAGGUGUAGUUUCAGAUACUCAGGUCUAUGGUGCUUUCUGUUUUUCUUUAGUUUGUUGUUUUAUCUGAAAUGAUUAACAUUUAUGAUAUUCUGGUUCUUCUGAUGUUUAAAAGCAUUGUAAUGAAAAUGGUAUGCAUGCCAUUUAUUUAUUAAAGUCUUCCAUUUCUUCUGUU